GAAACUGGCCUUGUUCCACCAAAUAUCAAUUAUGCAUCGCCAAGAAAAGAUAUAGAUGCUUUGAUGAAUGGAACUAUUCGUGUCAUCCAAGAACCAAUGCCACUUCAAAAUGGUUACAUAGGAAUUAAUAAUUUCGGUUUUGGGGGAUCCAACGCUCAUAUGUUAUUAAAGUGGAAUCCUAAACAGAAAAUUAAUAAUGGAGCACCGAAUGAUGAUUUACCUAGACUUGUAAUAUUAUCUGGACGCACUGAAGAAUCAGUAAAGUUGUUUUUAAACGAUAUUGCUAAGCGUCCGAUAGAUGUGGAGUAUAUCCGUUUAUUACAUGACAUCUAUGCAGAAAAUAUAAAUGGUCAUCCAUGGAGAGGAUAUAACACUGAUAUGAUGUUGGUAAUACAUAUGGGUUAA